CUCGCGCUCAGGAAGCCGCUCCACACCGCGCCACGCCGUCGCCCUCGCCGCCACCCUUCACUCUCCGCCGGAGAAUCGUGACCACCAUUCCCCGCUUUUUUUUUUUUUUAACCUUUAAUCAUUAAAUUUAAGAAAAAAAUUCCACAUUUUCUGCUUGUUGGAUUGCGGGAUUUUUAAAAAAAAAUAUUAUAUUAAUAUUAUUUUUAAAAAAAGACUCCGUCACUGUUAUUUUUGCUCCGUUUUACAAUCCUGGUGUGACCGAGACAGCCCGCGGGAGACGCUGCCGUGAGGUGGGCCAGCUCGCAGGGAGAGCACCGAGGCAGCCUCGAGGGCCAGUGCGCCGCCAAGGACAAAAGGAAGCCCGCGCCGCGCGCCCUACGCCGUUCCUCCCGAUCAGCAUGAAGAAGACCGAGAUGGGAAGGUUUAACAUUUCCCCGGAUGAGGACAGCAGCAGUUACAGCUCCAACAGUGACUUCAACUACUCAUACCCCACCAAGCAGGCUGCUCUGAAAAGCCAUUAUGCGGACGUGGAUCCCGAAAACCAGAACUUUUUACUUGAAUCAAAUUUGGGGAAGAAGAAAUACGAAACAGACUUUCAUCCAGGUACUACUUCCUUUGGAAUGUCAGUAUUUAAUCUGAGCAAUGCGAUUGUGGGCAGUGGAAUCCUUGGGCUUUCUUAUGCCAUGGCUAAUACUGGAAUUGCUCUUUUUAUAAUUCUCUUGACGUUCGUGUCAAUUUUCUCGCUAUACUCCGUCCAUCUCCUCCUCAAGACUGCCAAUGAAGGAGGAUCUUUAUUGUACGAACAGUUGGGACAUAAGGCGUACGGUCUGGCUGGGAAGCUAGCAGCCUCCGGCUCGAUCACAAUGCAGAACAUUGGGGCCAUGUCCAGCUACCUCUUCAUAGUGAAAUAUGAGUUACCUUUGGUGAUCAAGGCAUUAAUGAACAUUGAAGAUACAAAUGGGUUGUGGUAUCUGAACGGCGACUAUCUGGUCCUGCUUGUGUCCUUCGUCCUCAUUCUCCCAUUGUCACUGCUGAGAAAUCUAGGGUACUUGGGGUACACCAGCGGCCUUUCUCUCCUCUGCAUGAUAUUCUUCCUGAUCGUGGUGAUUUGCAAGAAGUUUCAGAUCCCUUGCCCCGUGGAAGCCGCCUUGAUGGCCAACGAAACUGUGAACGGCACCUUUACCCAGGCCGCACUGGCGCUGCUGGAGUCCAACAGCUCCGCAGCCGACGUGUGCAGGCCCCGCUAUUUCAUCUUCAAUUCACAGACUGUGUAUGCCGUGCCCAUCCUGACGUUUUCCUUUGUCUGCCAUCCUGCUGUCCUUCCCAUCUAUGAAGAGCUGAAGAGCCGCAGCCGGCGACGAAUGAUGAACGUGUCCAAGAUUUCUUUCUUCGCCAUGUUUCUGAUGUAUCUGCUGGCCGCCCUCUUCGGAUACCUGACCUUUUACGAGCACGUGGAGUCGGAGCUGCUGCAUACCUACUCUGCAAUUGUGGGAACUGACAUUCUUCUUCUCGUGGUCCGCUUGGCUGUGCUGGUGGCCGUCACCCUCACGGUCCCAGUAGUUAUUUUCCCAAUCCGGAGUUCUGUCACUCACUUACUGUGUCCUACAAAAGAGUUCAGCUGGAUCCGGCACAGUGUCAUCACCGUGACGAUCUUGGCCUUCACCAAUUUGCUUGUCAUCUUCGUCCCCACUAUCAGGGACAUCUUCGGGUUCAUUGGCGCGUCGGCGGCCGCGAUGUUGAUUUUUAUCCUCCCGUCUGCCUUCUACAUCAAGUUAGUGAAGAAAGAACCUAUGAGAUCCGUCCAAAAGAUCGGGGCUCUGUGUUUUCUCCUGAGUGGUAUAGUGGUGAUGAUUGGCAGCAUGGCCUUGAUCGUGCUGGAUUGGGUCCACGAUGCCUCUGCAGGUGGGCACUAACGCCCCCGCCCACCCACACUGGAUGCCCGGCUGCCUGCCUGUUGAGUUGACUCUCAACUUGCUCAGAUUUCACCUGAUGCUCUCGGGUCACUUCCUUUUGAAGUGCAGUCUCCUCGCUGGUUCUUCUGGAUGCAGAAUAAGUGAACUUUUCUUUCUCUUUGGUUUUUUUUUUUUAAAAGAAGCUUAUCUGUAUGUUAGGAAAUGGAUGGUAACAACAAAACCACGAGCCUUGGGUUAAGGGAAGUGACGAGUUUAUUCCAUUCCAGAGAAUGGACGAACUUUUAACUUUUAUCAAAGCCACAUGUUUGGCUGUCUCAUUGUUUAACUUGGAUAUUUUAUGAUUUUACUUGAAUGUGCCUAACGGAACCAUUCGAUGUGAGAAACACUUCUUAAUUUACAGCAAAGUAUUGAAAUAAGCAUUGAGAAAAACACUUAUUUUUUGUACCAAAAAAAAAAAGAUACUUUAAAAGACCUCAGAAGCACUAUUUUACUUUGAAGAAAUUGCAUUUUUGAACUUUAUCCAGAACCAGUUGUCAAUAAACUCCGUCAAACAAUUUCAUUCAUAUUUAAAAAUGAAUAUUAGUAUUAUGAAAUUAUUUGCCUUUUUUGUAGGCAUUAUAAGCCAAAUACUUUUUUACCCAAAAAUCAUUUUCGGGGGAAAAAAUGUUACAAGAAAUUGCACCAUGGAUUAGCAUGGUUUUUGUUUUUGUUCAUUCAGAUUCAUUUGAAGGAUGAUUGGUAAUUGCUGCACCAAAUGAGGUGAACUCCGUUCAUGGAUUUCUUUGCCUCAGAUAAUUGAUUCAUUGAAACUAAAAUGUUUAUGUCUUGAGUUAGGCUGGGAAACAGUGCACAGAUUUCUGUAGGAAUUGAAAUAACUGACUUUGAGGUACCAAAUAGUGCAAUUGGGUAAAACAGGGUUUAUUCAGUUGCGUCUGUCUCCAGAGUUCUACUGUCAACUCUGGGUCGUGCUUUUGGGCCCAUCCUUUCAAACAUUGCUUCCGAAAGUGAAAGAGGACGUUUGACGGCGAUAGGCCAAAACUGUCCAGUAGAAAGCAGAACUUUGCAACGCUCGUCCACUGGAAGCGUGACUUACUUGACAACACACAGUUCAGUUGUGUCCCUGCUGUGUCUCCCGUAGAGGUCUAAACGGGCUGCACCGAGCAGGCACACUGCAAGCUCUCCUCAGAAAGGUCACUGGGUUUCUCACGCAGCAAGCUCUCUAAAACCUCGCACUGGAUGGUCAUCUCAUUCUUGUACAAUGCAGAAUUAUUUGUUUACAUCGAACAAAUGAUCAGCUAGGGGAAGUAGUCGACGCUGGUUGUACUCAGUUUCUGGUCCAACUGCAUGCUUACCUUUCCAUUUCGAGUCCAGUUAAAAGUGAAAACAUUACUCUGAAGCUUGGCUUUCAAGAGCACAUUUACUGUAUGUUAAUGGUGUAUGGUGAAUAUAUUAUUAAAUAAUGUGGUACUCUGCUCAUCAGGCGUAAUGUCUAAGAUCUUAUAUACAUAAUUCCAUUAAGCGGUGAAGGGAAGUGAGUGGAACCAUCCGUUGGUUCUCUUGAACCAAACGUUUUUGAGUUUGAGGCAAGGGCCAGAAGAAAUGUGACACACAUGGUUUUUGUUACAGUCUUGUAUUGUAUAUGUGACUGAAUCCAUAGGCAGGUUGUGUCUGCUAAUUAAAGACCCUUGCAGACAGGAAGACGUCUGGUAGCGCUACAUACAUUGGGUGCAACCAAUGGUCAGUUCUGUCACGAAGAUGAGCUCAUUUGGGACCCUGUAGACGCAGAGGCAGUGAGAAGACAGUCCACGCUGCUUUCGUGUCAUCCAAUCCAGAACCUCACCUCUAGUCGGAGACUUUGCACUUCCACUUGAAGUCCUGGAAAGAAGUCGCUGAUAAGAUCUGCCAGGGGAUGCUGAGAAAGAGAAACAGGUCUGCCAGGGGAUGCUGAGAAAGAAACAGGUGUCCAGGAGAAGGUGCCAUGGCAACCAGGAUCCUGUUCACAGCCAGGCAGUGUGGAGAGGCUUCCCAAACCUUUUUGUGAGGGAGCGCUAUUGAAAGUUCCAAAUGAAUUUCAGGCCAAAUUGGAAUGCUUGGGGCUAGUUUGUCCGACUUGAGGUUCCUGAACUGAGUUCUCAGUCUUGAGCAGUCUUCAGUAUUAAAACCACUGUCCAGUCACCUCAGUUUGCAUUGCUGUCUUCCACGGAACGUUUCAAUAACUGUACUGUUAUUUAUAGAGCAGCAUUAAUCCAUUAAAGCUAACCUAUUUUUCAAUAUUUAUGAUAAACUGUACAUACAUUGUCCAUAUGUAUUUGUAAAUAGAUUGUAUAUACUGUCAGAAUUGGGUCUUGGGUUCAAGUGUAUAUAUUCCCCUAAGUUUCUUAGCUGCAUUUUGAUGAAUUCACAUUAUAUAUAUAUAUAUUAUAUAUAUAUAUGUCCCCAAAUUACUUGUACAGAAAAUUCAAUAUUAGAAAUUGACAUUGUGUAUAAUACUAAAAUUGAAAAUAACUUCUUUAAAUUGUAUUUGCAAUAAACUGGUUGGGCAUCAACUUAAGUUCAAAUACCUAAGUAAAGCUUUAAAUGAGGUCUGAAUUUUCAAAAUGCAGUAGCUGCAACAUGGCUAUCUGACAACAUGUCAAAUGUGAUUUCAAUGAAAGUGAACUCCUUGUAUGUAUAUAGUGUAAAUGUCCCCCGCUGUACUGUUAGAGGCCAACACACCCCCGUGGCCUGUUCGCAGAGAGAAAUGCUGCACCGGUUUCAAUGAAACAGUGUAUGUUUUAACUGAACUAAAAUAAACACAUGCUUAAUCCUGA